GGGGGCCGGCGUUGCUCGCGGGGCUCCUCGGCGCCGCCUGGGCUGCCCGCGGGAGCCGCGCUGGGCCGGCGCAACGGAGCCGAAGGCGAGCGGCGCUCCCGGGCGAGCCUCUGAGGCGCCGCGGGGCUUCCCGGCCGCUGCCCGCCCGGGCUGGAGCUCUUCCCCGGAGGGCGGGCUGACGCCGAGCAGCCCGCCUCGAAAGCGCGAAGCGAGGUGCCCGUCCCGCCUGGGAGGGGCUGCGGCUCUGGCGGGCGCCGCGCGGCGCUGGUCUGGCGCCAGGUUCGGGGGCUUGCGUUUCAGGUUGCCAACUCCGGGAUGGGCAAUUCCUGGCUACUGGCGGGGGGGGAGCCCGAAGAGAGCCGGGCUUCAGGGCGAGUACAAUGCCCCGGCGCUCGCGUUCUCCGGAGCAAGCGGGCGCCUGCGCGUCAGACGUGGGCGGUCAUUCGGGGCGCUGGCUACCCCCCCCCCCGCCUGGAGGUUGGCUCCUCCCGUUUCGGGCCCGGGUCUUCUCCUGCGAUGCGGGUCUCCCUCGAAAAGCGAGUCUGCAGAGAUGCCCGCGAGCCCUCGUGCAGCAGCGCUCGGGCUUCUCCUCCAUGUUCUGGAGGGGGCGGCGGGGGGGGGGGUUGCCUUCUCCUCGGGGCUUGCUUGUGUGCGGGAGGUCUAGGCCGCUUCUCACCACAACUUCUUUGGCUUCUGCAGAGAGAAGCUCUUGCAACGCCUCUCAGCAAGCGGCUUGUGGAGAUAAAUGCAUUCCUGUAACGUGGCUUUGUAACGGUGAACACGAAUGCCCCGACGGCUCCGAUGAGCGCUGUGAAGAAGCGUGUCGUGGUGACCCACACGCGUGGCAGUGCGGGGAUGGGCCGUGCAUUCCUGAUACCUGGCUAUGUGAUGGUGCCGUUGACUGCAUGGAUGGCUCAGAUGAAAAGAAUUGUGUGUGCGGAGAGAAGAAAGUCCCAUGCCAAGGAAGUCAUCAGUGCAUUGACCCAUGGAAAAUAUGCGAUCAGCACACCGACUGUGAGGAUGGCUCCGAUGAAAAAAACUGCCCCCAGGACAACUGCCUCCCCGGACAGUGGCAGUGCAAGAACAGUGUGUGUGUGAUGGAAGACUGGAAGUGUGACGGCACGGACAACUGUGGAGACUCCUCGGAUGAAAUCUGUGUUCACUGCCCAGAAGGAAUGAGAAAAUGUGAUGAGGGGAAAUGUAUUCUGGAAUCUGCUGUGUGCAAUGGAGUGAAAGACUGUCGUGAUGGGACGGAUGAACCCAGUACUUGUGGCAAGAAUUGUUCCAUGAACAACGGAGGCUGCCUGGACAGGUGUACUGAGACCUAUUGGGGGGUGAAGUGUUCCUGCGGUCCUGGUUGGGAGCUCCAUGCUAAUGGUCUGAAUUGUACAGAUAUCGAUGAGUGUGCGGUGGCGUACAGUCCUUGCAGCCAGUUGUGCCAGAACACAGUUGGAUCUUUUUCCUGUGAAUGUGUCCCAGGAUACCAGCUCUACGAUGAAACUGCUUGUCGGGCUGUGGGUAAAGCUACCAGAAUUCUUCUGGCUGUCGAGCGUGAUCUCGUUCUUUUGGAUAUGAAAACUCACGACUACAAGGUCCUCCUAGAGACCCGGGCAACACCUCGUUCUGUUGCCUAUGACCUGUUAAGGAGUGCUUAUUAUUGGGUUGAUGAAGGGAAAAAGCUGAAUGUCUAUGUCGUAGGGGGAAAUGACGGACUUCUCUACCCAGAUGUCGGUGGUGUCAACAGUAUCUCCGUAGACUGGCUUACGGGACAGUUGUACUGGGCCGGCAACUUACCUGAUGCCAUCUUUGCUGGUUUGAAUGAUGACAGGGGAUACGUGAAGGUCCUAGAGAAGGAUGUGGCGCCGGAGCAGCUCACGGUGUUUCCAGAAAAAAGGUACAUGUAUUGGGUGAAUCGAGGCACAAAAGGCAGAACUUCAAUCGAAGGUGCAGGGAUGGAUGGCUCAGACAGACACGUGCUUGCUGUCGUGACCAAAGAAGAGCCUGUGGGGUUGACUGUUGACCACAUAACUGGCAGGCUGUACUGGAUCAGUGAGUAUAAAGAGUCCAUAGAAUCCGUGAAAGUGGAUGGCUCAGGAAGACACACCUUCCCGGAUAGGCUGAGUGGUCGGAACCCGCAUAGCCUCGCUGUCUUUGAGAACGCUUUCUUCUGGGCGGACAGCGGGCACCUGCUGUCUGCCUCCCGUACCUCAAAAGGUUUCCGUGCGCUGCUCAACUCUACGAUCUCUUCCUUCACUGUGGUUCAUGAAGUACUGCAACCUCCAAGUAAUGCAACUCCAUGCGCUCCUGGGUUGUGCAGCCACAUCUGCCUCUUGUCGCCAGUUCGUCCCAAGGGCUACAGGUGUGCCUGUCCAGAGGGCAGCUUCCUCCUUCCUUCUGGAAAAUGUGCAGAGCUGGAGGUGUUGUAUGCAACUACUAACAAGAUCUACUUGCUCCAAGUUAGCCCCAAGAAAAUGGUGCUGCAGUAUAAAUUGGUGCAGGAAUGGCCAGAAAACAUCUACUUGCAGGACAUGGACUGGAAAAGGGACUUAAUCUAUUGGACGGAUGGCAAAGGACAGCUGAUGCGCUUCCAUAAGGAGACCAGAACCAACAUCAUGAUCCCUACUAAUUCACCAGUCUGUGCAGCGAGUGUUGAGGCGUCUUCUGGAGAUCUCUAUUGGCUGAACUGUGACAGAACAGAGAUUAAAGUUACUCGAUUUGCUGGCAUGAUGACGCAGUCCCUCUAUCACACCCAGAAUACAAUUUGGCGCCUCUUCUUAGAUUGUCAGAGGGCAUCUCUUUACUGGUUUGAAAGUGGGAAACCUAUUCAGAAGAUGGACCUUGUGGGUGGCACCGUCAGAGAAGUCUGGAAUGACACCUGGACAGAGAAUGCCCCAGUGGCCUUUGACAGCAGCUCGGUCAGCUUUCUCUGGAGCUCCAAAGAUAUGGUACUUAAAGGAAGGAGUCUGACCCGUCACAGAGAAUAUAAUCUGAAGGAGAGGUGGGCGGAGGGAAUAGCUGCUGCUUACGGGCCCUUCCUGGUGUCUUUCAACAAAACGGCUCUUGCGGUUUGGGAUAAGAGAUCAAUGGAGCCCUCAGCCGUGCAAGUUGCUGAUGUGCAGAAAGCCGUGAUCGUCUUUAACACGGACAUGAAGGCCGUGCGAGAUGUUGCCAUUCUAGUACCUACUCGUGGAAGUGCACUUGUGACAACUGCGGCUAUUACAACAGCUAGCACUGCAAGUACUAAGGCUAGCACUGCAAGUACUAAGGCUAGCACUGCAAGUACUACUACUGCAGUGGUACUACAAAGAACUAUGCCAACUAGAGCAGCAACUACCAAGGCCGCAGUCCCACCUUCUACAGCAACAACCCAGGCCACAACCGCGACUCCUCUGCUGUGUCGAAGGAUCGAGUUUCGCUGCCAGAACAGGGAAGGGUGUGUCCUGCGUGAUUACGUCUGUGAUGGAGAGAACGACUGCACAGACGGGUCCGAUGAACUGAACUGCUCCCAGUUCUGUAGUGACCAAGGAAAGUUCAUGUGCGAGAGCGGCAACAAAUGCAUCGAUGAGCGCUAUCGUUGCGACGGCUUGCAGCAUUGCCCAGAUGGCUCCGAUGAAUCUAGCUGCUGGAUACCGACGGCGGAGUGUGCCCUGCGUUGUGACAAUGGCUCACAUUGUGUGCCUGAGAGUUGGCUGUGUGAUGGAAGUCCAGACUGCCUCGAUGAAACGGAUGAACAGAGCUGUGUCCGUGAAGAGUGCACCGAACUACAGUUCCAGUGUCGAAGUGGCCAGUGCAUUCCUUACUCUUUCCACUGUGAUGGAGACUAUGACUGCAAGGACCGCUCAGAUGAAGAAGGCUGCAUCAUCCCCAAACUCCAGCGGUGCCGGUCGGAUGAAAUCAGAUGCCCCAGAAGUGGGGAGUGCAUCCUAAAGGAAUGGAAGUGCGAUGGGGACGCGGACUGCAAAGAUGGAUCGGAUGAGCAGCUCUGUGAAUCCGGAGAACCGAACUGUGCUGCCAAGCAGUGGCGCUGCAGCAGCGGGGAAUGCAUCUCUGGUUUCUGGUACUGUGAUGGGGAAAAAGAUUGCCAAGAUGGGAGUGACGAGACGACGUGUGAGCCCCGGAAGUGCAAAGGUUAUGAAUUUGAGUGUGGCACGAGCUGUGUCCAUUACGCUCACGUCUGCAAUGGGAUCUCAGACUGUGUGAAUGGGUCCGACGAAGGUGGGAGGUGCUCCGUGCCGUGUCAGAGAUCCUGUUCUCAGAUUUGUUACAAGACACCUGCUGGCCCUAAAUGCGCUUGCAAUGAGGGGUACCGGCUAAGCAGCGACAGACGUUCCUGCAGAGAUGUCAACGAAUGCAAAGAUCCGGCAUAUAAGGAGAAAUGCAGCCAGACGUGCGUCAAUCAGAACGGGGCCUACAGCUGCACUUGCCAUCCUGGGUACUUGCUGGAGCCAGAUGGCCAAAUGUGUAAAGUAGCUGGUGCUGAGCCCACUCUGCUCGUUGCAGUCCAGUUUGAUUUGAUCCUCUAUGGACUGAGGAGCAUGAAGGAGGAUGUUAUCUUGACGACUGAGAAAAAUUUCAUUUUUUCCAUUGAUUAUGACUUAAUGGACCAGAAAAUAUUCUGGAUGGAUCUUAAUGCAGAAAGUGUGAAGUGGAUGAACACAAAAACCAAGCAGCAAGGGAGUCUAGUGAAAGGUAUCAAGUCUGAUUGUAUAGCAGUAGAUUGGAUAGGAAGAAAUCUCUACUGGACUGAUGGCACAGCAGGAAAAAUCUUGGCUACACGGCUGAAUAGUACUUGGAGAGGAAAGCCAGAAUAUGUUGUGGUUCUGGAUGAAAACCUGGAUCAGCCUCGGUCACUGGCUCUUCACCCGCGGGAUGGAUUAAUGUAUUGGUCUGAAAUUGGAAGUGAGCCCCAAAUAGAGCAAGCCAGCAUGGAUGGAAGCAACAGGAAAAUACUCAUUAGUACAGGACUUGGCUGGCCCACCAGCAUAACUCUUGAUCUCUUGAGCUGGAGGAUCUUCUGGUCUGAUGACAAACUGCGCUGCUUUGGCUCGGCCUACUUGGAUGGCUCAAAUAUAAAGGUGUUCCAGCUGGCUCACAUUCACAGCCCCUUCUCGGUGACUGUCUUUGAGGAUUAUGUCUAUUGGUCUGAGAUGAAAAUGAGGAGCGUACAGAAGGCCGACAAAAAGACUGGCAAGAACAGAGCUGUCCUUAUUAAGCGCCAUGGACAGCCGUACGGGCUCAAGGUUAUGCAUGGAGUCCUGCAGCCGGCAGCCCCCAACCCCUGUGCAGUAGCGGGCUGUUCCCAUUUGUGCCUGUUGAACGCCUCUGGACGAGGAAGCUGUUUUUGCCCAAGUGAACUUGUACUUUCCGGUGACGGGAGAACAUGCGUCCCUCUAGAGCAGUCAGCGUUUAUGUUCCUGGUUGCACCCGUGACUAUUACCCAGGUUUAUUUGAAGAAACUACCCUCCGGAGCAGGGCAGGUAGCGCUUCCGGACCACACAACUCUGUCCUUGGCCAACACAGACCCCUUGACCAUCACAGACUACUCUAUACACAGCUCGGCUCUCUAUUUUGCUGAGCGGGAAGGCAGCUUCAUAAAGAUGCUAUCCAUUAAAGAUGCUGGGAGAUCUGCCUUGAAGAAAAUCCUACCAGUGGAGGGUGCUGUGGUCUCCAUAGCUCUCGACUGGCUGAGUGGCAACAUCUAUUGGAUUGACAAGCACCCGUCCAUCAACGUAGCAGCGCCUGGUGGCCGAUAUCCAUACGUGGUGGUCGGUGAUGAGCUUUACCGCCCAACCUCAGUGGCCCUGCAUCCCCCUUCUGCGAUGAUGUGCAUGGCGGACUGGGGUUCUGAGGACCGUUUGUCUGGUCCUAAGAUCGAAUGUGCCUUCAUGGAUGGGAGCUGGAGGCGAGUUCUCUGGAGGAGAUCCCAGGCUCCUGUGGGCUUAACCAUCGUCGAGGCAGGGACCUGGCUGUACUGGGCCGAUCAGGCCAAAGGCGUUGUGGAACGGAUAAAACUGGACGGCACCCGAUUCAGAGUUGUUCGUGGAAACCUGCACGGUCUUAGCCUGUUUGCAGCUGGAGAAGGAAUGAUGGUCUGGACCACCGUACCAAGAAAUGGCUCUACCAGGGUGUGGUACAGCAAACUGGAACAGAGCACUGUGCGACAGUGGUUUCCAGUAGACCAGAACCUUGUCGAUGUGAAGAUUUACAGCCAACUAAGCCAACAAGGCAGCCACGGCUGUUCGGACAGGAAUGGUGGAUGCAGCCAGAUUUGCUUACCAGUUCCAGGAGGCAGGAGGUGCCACUGCACCAAUGGAUACAACCUAGAACGUGGCACGGAAUGCAUUGAAGAAGUGAAGUGUUUACCACCACUCCGAGCUUGUGAGGAUAACAGCAAAUGUAUCGCAAGGGAGAAAAUCUGUGAUUAUCACGUUGAUUGCCCGGAUGGAUCUGACGAGAAAGGCUGCAUCUACAACUACACCAGCAGGCAGAGAUCACAGAUCAACAGGGGGAGACCCCAGACCUCAAGCGUAUCUCAGACAACCAUUAAGACCACUUCUGGCAAAGCCAUUACCAAGAAGCCUACUCCUAUUGGGAGAGUACACGUACAACCAGAGAUAACACAAUACUACAGGAGAACUCCUAGAACUCAGAAAGUGACAAUGAUGCAGGCGCUCCCUGCAAGAACACACCCAAGGACCACACUCUUGAUGACCCAGAAAGAGCAGCGGCCUUCCGUGACGCAGGGAGUCCAGAGAAGUGGUCUGGAGGCCCAACCUUGCAGCAGUGAGACCUGUAACUUGAGGGGUGACUGCACUGUGGAAGGUGACGCAGUGAAGUGUCGCUGUUUGUUGGGGUAUAGCGGGGAUUACUGUGAACAGGAAGUCCGGUCUCGGACAGGUCCCAUCGUCCUAAGCACUCUCGCUGUGCUAUUGAUUGCCAUGGCAGCCACAGCUUCUCUUGUCUACUUCAGGAAGCAAAGAUCACGGGAAAGGGCUUCAAGUACAGCAUCAUCUCGGAUGCUGACGUAUCAGAAGGACGGAGAGAUGGAAGAGAGCAUUUUAGAAAAUGAAACCUGUAUCAAUGGCAAUUAUGAACGAGAACAGGAAAUGAGAACUCCCUUAACAAAUGACAGAACCACAGAUGUAUAACUAAAAAUAAAAUAUUUGCAAAUCCUC